AUGGCUCCCACCUCUUUCAACGCCGAUGUCGUCCCGCAGGCUCCAGAAGACCCUCUUUUUGGGUUGAUGGCAGCGUUCCGCCGUGACGAAGAUCCGAAGAAAGUGGAUCUGGGCAUUGGAGCUUACAGAGACGACAAUGCAAAGCCAUGGGUCUUGCCCGUAGUGAAGAAAGCGGAUGAGAUUCUCCGAAGUGACCCCAAUCUCAACCACGAGUACCUGCCUAUCGCUGGUCUUGCAGACUUUACGACCGCCUCGCAGAAGCUGAUUCUCGGCGCCGACAGCCCAGCGAUCAAGGAGAAGCGGGUUGCCAGCUUGCAAACAAUCUCAGGAACUGGUGCUGUCCAUCUAGGAGCACUCUUCCUCGCCAAGUUCUACCGCACCAACUCCCAGCGCACUGCCUACUUCUCCGAUCCAACAUGGGUCAACCACUUCCAGAUCUUCAAGAAUGUCCACCUCGACUACCUCACGUACCCCUACUUCUCGGCAAAGACUCGUGGCCUUGAUUUCGAGGGUAUGGUUAACACAAUAAGGAACGCGGCUGAGGGAAGCAUUAUUGUUCUCCACGCCUGUGCUCACAACCCCACCGGUGUCGACCCCACGCAAGAGCAGUGGAAGGAAAUUUGCAAGGUCAUGCAGGAGAAGAAGCACUUCCCCUUCUUCGACUGUGCCUACCAAGGCUUCGCUUCCGGUGACCUCGCAAAGGACGCCUGGGCAGUUCGAUACUUCAUUGACCAAGGCUUCGAGCUCUGCAUUGCCCAGAGCUACGCCAAGAAUUUUGGUCUCUACGGCGAGCGAGCAGGCUGCUUCCACUUUGUCACGUCUGCAGCUUCUGAUGCCGAGACGACGGUGACCCGAAUUGCUUCGCAGUUAGCUAUCCUCCAGCGCUCCGAGAUCUCAAACCCGCCCGCGUACGGCGCCCGCAUUGCAUCCACCGUCCUUAACAACAAGGAGCUUUUCGCUGAAUGGGAAGCCGACCUCCGCACCAUGUCUGGCCGUAUCAUUGAAAUGCGCAAAGCGUUGCGCAGCAAGCUAGAGGAGUUGGGCACGCCAGGCACUUGGAACCACAUUACCGAUCAAAUUGGUAUGUUCAGCUACACUGGCUUGAGUGAAGCGCAGGUCCUCAAAAUCCGUUCCGAUUCACAUGUCUACAUGACUAAGAAUGGUCGUAUCUCUAUGGCUGGCCUGAAUACGCACAACGUCGACUACUUCGCGCACGCCGUCGAUAAAGUUGUGAGGGAGUCGCAGUAG